CCCGCGCGCAUCGGAUGCUUUCGGCUGGGCUACUUCGGAGGUCCGCCGGCCUCCCGCCUGCGAAGCCAAGCGAGCUCAAUCUGGAUCUGAAGCUCAGCUUUCAGAGAGACGCCCCAGCAAGACUGUUUUGGGGAGUCCUCCAGCUGCUCACCUCUAUGGGCCAGACAGCCCUGGCAGGGGGCAGCAGCAGCACCCGCACCUCGCCGGCCCUGUACUCUGACCUCUCUUGUCCCGAGGGUUUGGAGGAGCUCCUGUCUGCUCCCCCUCCUGACCUGGGGGUCCAACGGCGUCACGGCUGGAACCCCAAGGACUGCUCAGAGAACAUCGAGGUCAAGGAAGGGGGUCUAUGCUUUGAGCGGCGGCCUGUGGCCCAGAGUACUGAUGGAGCCCGGGGAAAGAGGGGCUACUCGAGGGGCCUGCACGCCUGGGAGAUUAGCUGGCCCCCAGAGCAGAGGGGCACACACGCCGUGGUGGGCGUGGCCACGGCCUUCGCUCCGUUGCAGGCUGACCACUACGCGGCGCUGCUGGGCAGUAACAGCGAGUCGUGGGGCUGGGACAUUGGGCGGGGAAAGCUGUACCAUCAGAGCAAGAAGCCCGAGGCCCCCCAGUAUCCCGCCGGAUCUCAGGGUGAACAGCUGGAGGUGCCAGAAAGGCUAAUGGUGGUUCUGGACAUGGAGGAGGGAACUCUGGGCUACGCUGUUGGGGGCACCUACCUAGGGCCUGCCUUCCGUGGACUGAAGGGCAGGACCCUCUAUCCAGCUGUAAGCGCUGUCUGGGUCCAGUGCCAGGUCCGCAUCCACUACCUGGGCGAAAGGAGAGCAGAGCCACAUUCCCUUCUGCACCUGAGCCGCCUGUGUGUGCGCCAUGCCCUGGGGGAUACUUGGCUUGGUCAGGUAUCUUCUCUGCCCUUGCCCCCUACCAUGAAGCAAUACCUGCUGUACCAGUGACCUGUGAUACCACAGAUCGUGUUGGCAGUUUGCCACCACCACUACCCUGGGUUUGGUGGGGAGGCACUGCUGGCCUAGACCAGCUACUUAAAGUCAGUGAGACUGAUGGGAGAAGAGGCUGUGCCUUCUCCCCAGCCUAAGCUCAGGGGAGCUCUACAGCCCUAGAGCCAGAGGGGUGGGAGGGGGAGGAUAUUCAAGGCUGUAGCAGCAUGGUACACAAGACAUUUUUUCAAGUAAAAAUAGUAAGAGAUGUAUUGUUACAGAAACCUGUUCAUGUUUUUUUCUUUAAAAAAAAAAAAAACC